AUGCCAGACGACUCGAAGGCGAAGGGAUUCCCCGAUGUCUCCGCCAAACUUUCCGCUCUACCCAAGAAAUCGUUAUUUGAGCGCCAAAGAGCCGAAGCCGAAGCCAAACGCGCCCGCGAGAAAGCCGAAACUGCUGCAGUUUACGAGGACUUUGUCAAAUCAUUUGAUGAUGAUGCCUCUCCUAGGAACACAGAUACGCGUCCGAAUUCGCUUGGCUCUAGGGGUGGUGGGAUAAUUGGAGGGCCGCAACGCCGGCAUUUCACAAGCUCGGGUCCUCGCAGCAGUGGCCCCGGGACACUAGGACUGCCGCCACCAUCUAUAUCUCGCAAACGCAAUCAAGAAGGGUUCACACCGACAUCGCGCAAUCGCGAUCCAGCACAUGGCGCUUUUGGGUACGACAAUGCAAUCUCAGGACCACCAUCAGCAUUCCGCGGCGCGUCAGACGAGGAUGAGCGAACGGCCGACACCAAAGAAGCAGAGAAAGCGGCUGCAAAGCCAACUCUCUACCUGGCAUCGCUUCCGCCAGGGACCUCACCGUCAGUUCUGAAGUCGUUGAUACCAUCCUCUUUAGUCGUGGACAACGUGAAUAUACUCAGACCACCUAAUCAAUCGGCUACUGAACGAAAAUCUUCGGCUGCGAUUGUCACAUUGUCCAGUGAAUCAGCUGCUUCGGAUAUUGACAGCGCUGUGAGCGCGCUACAGAACAAGUAUUUGGGCCGAGGGUACAAUUUAUCUAUCUCUCGACAUCUAUCAUCGGCUGCUAUUGGCUCGAUCAUGCCAUCUACUGUUGGCAUGUCUUCGUCUAGCUCUCUGCCUUUCGCUGCCAAGACCGUGCAGCCUACUUUAGGCGGAAAUAUGAGUCGUGCGCCUCCGCCUGGAUCUCAUCGAGGAGGGAUCGCACCCCCAGCUUCUUAUGGUUUAAAUCCAGGAAGAGUUGGACCUUCGACACUGGUGGAGGUCAAGACUCCCUCUGAUAUCAGAGAGCUGAGGUUGAUUCACAAGACAAUUGAAAACCUGCUUAACUUUGGACCUGAAUUCGAGGCCUUACUCAUGAGCAGGCCAGAGGUUCAAAGGGAAGAGAAAUGGGCCUGGAUCUGGGACGCACGUAGUUCUGGCGGCGUUUACUAUCGUUGGAAGCUAUGGCAGACGAUCACCAAUCCGCGAUCUCAUAAUAACCGGCGUGUAAGCACCCAAGGCCCAAUUUCAAUCUUUGAAGGGGGCGCGAAUUGGAUGCCUCCGGAGAACAAGAUCAAAUUCGAAUACACUACCCGCCUCGAUGAAUUCGUAUCAGACGAUGAUUACAAUUCUUCCGACGAGGAGCAGGAUGAAGAAGACGAAAGGCGGCAUCUGGGAGGCGGGCCUCCACCUGAGGGAGGAAGCGUAAAAAGCGACAGUCUCGGCUACAUGAACCCUCUACGCAAGGCCAAGCUCACACAUCUCCUUGCUCGACUACCUACCACUCAUGCAAAGCUCAGGCGAGGUGAUGUCGCGAGACUCACCGCGUUUGCGAUCGAGAAUGCGGGUGCAGGUGCAGACGAAGUUGUCGACAUGAUCGUACUCAACAUUCUCAGCCCUCUGGCCUACACUGGCGCGAACCCGGAGCGUGAGAUGGAGAAGGCGGCAGCAAGGCCGGACGAUGCUGAGAGAGACAACGAGAAUGCUUCCAAAGCACCUAUGGACGUGUCUCCUGCAAAAUUAGUUGGGCUCUAUAUCAUUUCCGAUAUUCUCUCAUCAUCAGCAACCAGCGGCGUCCGCCACGCAUGGCGAUACCGACAGCUGUUCGAAUCUGCCCUACGUGCGCAUAAGGUUUUUGAACAUCUCGGCCGACUCGAAAAAGAUCUUAAAUGGGGCCGACUCAAGGCAGAAAAAUGGAAGCGUAGCGUUGGCACUCUCCUUCACCUAUGGGAAGGGUGGUGCGUCUUUCCACAAUCUAGUCAGGAACACUUCGUCCAGAUGUUCGAGCAGCCACCGCUUGCAGAUGAAGAACUUCAAACGGAAAAGGAAAAGGCCGAAGCAGAACGAGCUGCCAUCGCAUUCUCCAAAAGCAAAAACCGAUGGAAGACCGUCGACGAUGACUCUGCAACUGGGGAACUUGAUCCCAGUAGGCCCACUGGAGCUGAAGCUCAAAUACAAGGGCCGUCUCAACAGAUUGAUUUGGCAGAAGACGAAUCUAUGAGCGACAUUGACGGUAUCCCAAUGGAGGACAGCGACUUGGAGAUGGCUGAUGACGAUGUGGAACCAGUGGCUGAAGACCAACCACCACCGCCCGACGAAAGCGAUAUCAAGGCAAAGCCGCAUUUGCAGCCUAAACAGAUACCCGAGCCGCAAGAGCCAACAUCUCAACGCCCUCGCCGGGCACGGCCCAAGGCCGAAGACAUGUUUGCCUCGGACUCGGAGUAA